GUUUGGGGACCCCUCCCCGUGAGGGGCCCGGGGGAGCCCUCCCCGUGAGGCGUUUGGGGGACCCCUCCCCGUGAGGGGCUUGCGGGACCCCUCCCCGUGAGGGGUUUGGGGACCCCCGUGAGGCGUUUGGGGACCCCCGUGAGGCGUUUGGGGACCCCCGUGAGGCGUUUGGGGACCCCCGUGAGGGGAAGGGCUGCGAUCUCGGGGGUGUGAGGAGGGAAAAGCCCCGAGAGGCGUUGGGAGGACCCUCAGGGAUGGAGGGGGCUGGAGGACCCUCUGAGAGGGGCGAUCUUGGCGGUCUGAGGAGGAGGGACCCCCGUGUGGUGAACGCUCACCCAGAGAGCAAAUCCCGUCACAAACAUCCCACCUUCAUCCUUACAUCGGGGCAAGUUCUCGAUCUCCUCCCUUCAGCGAACGCCAAAACUACCUCAGUCCCAGGAGUCUCCAGCCACACUCUCGAGCCUUUCCCCUUCAGUUUCUAUUCAAGGAAGAGAGAAGGAAACCCUGGCUCUUUUCUCUGGCGUUUGCUUUGUUUCCCAAGGCAAGAGGGAGGAAGUGGUGGAAGCAGAGGCUGUGGACUGUGCCACCCGAGUGCCACUGUCCCCAAGCCCCCUGCCCCUGCCAGCCCUGCCAGCGAGGCGAGGAGCAGCCGGGUUCAAUCCCAAAAGGAAAAAAUUCCAGCUCCUGUGAGCCCGGGCACUCCUGGGCACGGUGGGGCUGGGAGGGCUGAGUGUCCGUGGGGCGACAGCGACUCAGUGACAUUUAAACCACACCAGGAUAUUUUGGGUUUUUCCUGGAAACCCAACACCCUCAGGAGGAGAAAUGCCAAGCUGGCCGUUGUCUCUUUGGCAGAGACCCUUCCUUUAUCCUGUCCCAGUCUGGGGGUAAAUCAUCCAACUGCUGAAACUCCGACCUGUUAUUCCAUCAUUUAUCCAAGGCUUUGUACUGUGCCAUUAAUAUCAGCCUCAGCCCACCUUGUCCCUGCAUUAAACUGCCCGGGGCACUGUAAUCUCGUUAUUUUACGAGACAGAUACAAAUGGUGUUCAGCAGAGCAGGGCACAGCUCCAGAGCUCUGUUUUGUUUCCUCCAGGGAUGUCAUUCCCCAGCCUUGCCUACUACCGCCAAUUCUUCCAGCGUGUCCCAGGGAUACUCGAUUAUUUGGAUUAACUUCGGGGCAGGAAAAGAGGAUUAGGAAGCAGAGCCGCUCUUUAGUGCGUGCAUGGAGACGGGUUACAUCAGUUCUGUCUGUUUACAGACUUGCCCUGCUGAAAAACAAUUUUCUAAAGCUGUUAAUUAUUCUGAAUUAUUUGCCAAAUUACUACAAAUCAUUCCUGGCUUGGGACCCACCAGGAAGACAAAGGGGGAACUGUUUAGGUGGUGCUACCUUCAGUCACUCACAUGAGCUUUCUCCUCCCUGCUUGGCCAAAUUCUGCCUUCCCAAAGCAAAAACUCAUGUUUACAGAUUUAAAAUAUUUAUUCUCUGGAAAUUUGCAGUUCUUGCAUGUGCUUAAAGCUGCUUGGGAUCUUAGAGACAGGAACUACCCAGGAGACUUUUCUAUUCCUCUCCUUCACCCUGUCUGGGCUGGAAGUUCCAUUACUGAGGCAUCAAAAUGGUGAUUUUUUUUUUUUUCCCUCACAUGGUUCUUUUUAAAAUUAAAAAUUUUGACUCAAGGUGGGAACUUGACUGAGCUCUGGGCCGUGCUGGGGUGGGGGCUCUGCCAAAGCCCCCCGGAGCAGAGCUGAGCCCGGGGUCUCUCUGUGACAAACCUGGAGCUCGGGGGUUUUACUGGGAUGAUUCAGGAUUCCCAGCAGGAGCUGGGCACAAUCCAGGUCUCAUCCCUCUUUCAGGAGGAAAAAUGUUUUUCUCAUUUCCCUCCCAACUUUUCAUCACUGGUAACUCUUAUUUUCCUUGGUUCCACCUCCUCCCAACCUCUGAAAUUCAUCCGGGGGGGUCUCACCUACCUUCCCACAUUCCCUGCACGCUGUGGGAACACCCACCAGCCCAAUGACACUGUCACCUCCCAAUCCUGGCAUUUGUAAGGGAAAAUUGCUCUUUUUUCCUCUUUUUGGUUAAAUCCGGGGCUGUUCCCUCAGUGCCAAGAGCUGCCCCCUCCAGCCUCCACUUCCCGCCAUGCCAAAAGUGCCUUGAAACCUUGACCUGCAGAGAUCAGCAGCUUUUCCACAAAAUUCCAGCCAGCCAGGUGAUCCGACGGCUUAUUCUGGGAUGUCAAUACCUGCAUUGUUGGGAAUGGGAAGAAAUCCCACCGUGCCAAAGCAGCUGGAUUAGUGCUGAGCUGCCUGGGAAUUCCAGCCUGAACACAGACCUUGUGCAAGGACCUGCAAAUCCCAGGGACCAGAUCUCAAAUGGCAACAAAAAUAAUCUCUUGACGUGUCGCUUUAAACAUUUGCAGAGGUGUGGAAGGGAUUUUUCCCUUUUAUCCAUGAUUUUCUUCUUCCAAGAUUGUUAAUUUUUGGAUCGAGGCAAAGUUGAGUGUUUGUCACAUGGAGCAUCUCAUGCUCUCGGGGAAAAGCAUCCUUCACCUGCUUUUUUCUGGAAGAAUUUGAGGGAGUUUUUCAUCAAAACACCCAAAAUAAAAAAUUCCUUAAUUUUACAAUAUUUAGGCAAAUAUUCUACUUCCCACACUGGUCAGUGGUGAAAACUGGUGGCACAUGGAAAUCCAGACAUGGGAGCCUGGGAGUCUGGUUGUCUUUCGAGAUACAAAUGUCACAUUUUAAAACUAAAAUUUCUAUUUUUAAAGAACUAAAACAUUUUUAAACAUGCAGCUGAUCUGUAUUGUGCCUUUCCCACUGCCAUCUUCAAUUAUUGCCAUCCUUCCCCCCAAAACAGGUGAUUUUGCCAAAAAAUCCCUUCAGCUGGGGAAAAAACUUCCCCUUUGGAGGAGAAAAUAAGAAAUAAAAAGUCUGUGGGGCUCAUGGGAAGUGGUUUGGGUUAUUUUUGGAGGAAAUAAAGCUGAGUGUGUCACCUUUUGCAGGGGAAUCCCCUGAUUUAAUUUCUGGAAUUAUCCGUGUAUCAAAGCCGACCAAAACCCAGGAGGAUUUGAUCUUUGCCUGGAAUUCAGACCCGGCUGCUUCCCCAGCUCUUCCACAGAAAAACACCAGGAGCUUUUUCAGCCCAAAGCAGCAUUUUUCUGGUCAGUAAAUUCCCUCCCACGGCGGCGCAGGCCGGGCUGUGCCGUGUCAGGGCUUUUCCUGCCUGCGCCUCCUCCGGCCUCGCGCCGUUCCCGAGCCUGGAUCGCAUCCGUGCCCGCGUGGGCCCGAGAGCCCUGCCUGUCUGCCCUGUCAUUAGCACAGCCUGGGGUUAAUUAACGCGCUCGGGGGUUAAUUAGACACGCGUUUCCCUCCUGUUGGCGGUAACCAGCUCUGAGCGGUUUUCCCAAACCAGUGCAAGUGGGAAACCCCAGCUCUGUCCUCUCAGACACCCAGGACGGGGCAUGGCAGAGCUUCCACCCCAUCCCCUUCUGGGGGCAAAUCUCGUUAUUUCAUUAAUCUGGGCUUUU